AUGCUACCCCAAAACCCAACCUGCUUCUCUAGCCCCCACCCCUCGCCCCACGCUACCCCAAAACCCAACCUGCUUCUCUAUCCCCCACCCCUCGCCCUACGCUACCCAAAAAACCAACCUGCUUCUCAAACCCCCACCCCACGCCCCACGCUACCCCAAAACCCAACCUGCUUCUCUAGCCCCCACCCCUCGCCCUACGCUACCCCAAAACCCAACCUGCUUCUCUAUCCCCCACCCCUCGCCACACGCUACCCCAAAACCCAACCUGCUUCUCUAUCCCCCACCCCUCGCCACACGCUACACCCAAAACCCAACCUGCUUCCCUAUCCCCCACCCCUCGCCACACGCUACCCCAAAACCCAACCUGCUUCUCUAUCACCCUUCCCUCGCCCCACGCUUCCCCAAAACCCAACCUGCUUCUCUAUCCCCCACCCCUCGCCCCACGCUACCCCAAAACCCAACCUGCUUCUCUAUCCCCCACCCCUCGCCCCACGCUACCCAAAAACAAACCUGCUUCUCUACCCCCCACCCCUCGCCCCACGCUACCCCAAAACCCAACCUGCUUCUCUAUCCCCCACCCCUCGCCCCACGCUAACCCAAAAACCAACCUGCUUCUCAAACCCCCACCCCUCGCCCCACGCUACCCCAAAACCCAACCUGCUUCUCCAACCCCCACCCCUCGCCCCACGCUACCCCAAAACCCAACCUGCUUCUCUAGCCCCCACCCCACGCCCCACGCUACCCCAAAACCCAACCUGCUUCUCUACCCCCACCCCUCGCCACACGCUACCCCAAAACCCAACCUGCUUCUCUAUCCCCAACCCCUCGCCCCACGCUACCCCAAAACCCAACCUGCUUCUCUAG